GACAAUAAUAACAGAAAAAGAAAACAUGGUGAUACUUGUAAGAGACGCAAAGGAAGUCACGGAAAAAAUUGGACUAAAAAUACUGGCUACAUUGAUUCUUAUAAACAGCGACACCGCAGAAAUAUGGAUUAUGUGAAGCAAUUGGAAAAAAAACUAUCUCAAUGGUUUGAGCUCUGUCGAACACAAGUGGCGUUGUUGUAUUUUUACAACGGAAAGUUAUUUCAUUUUGGGAAUGAUCCGCAUAUGCAGGCAUUCUGUGAAGAUCCUGCAGUUAAAGAAAAAUUUAUGAAGUUUUGUGGCCGUCAUAAUCCAACGUCUGAUAAUAUUGACAAGGAUGAAGAUGUGUAUGUUGAUUUGGUUCGUUGGGAAGAGAAGACUAUACACGUUAAGCACAAAUUAAUACGUGUCUUGGUCAGAGGAUAUAAUCGCGAAAAAUUAGUUGAUUGGUCAAAAAAUAAGCCCGAGUGGUGGCCAGAUACAGUACCUUUUAGGAAUCCAAGUGGGACCCCAAAAAUGACCAUGGUGGACUGCAAUACAGUCAUAAAAACUUUUAUUGCAACCUUACCAGAUGAUGAUGAUUUGUUGGAAUCAAGGAAAGAUGAUUAUUCGGAUGCUCAUUGUCAACGAUUGUUGGAUGACAUAAAGAAUCUUAAUUAUGCCCAAAUUUACAGUGAUUUGUCAUCACAAUUCCACAUUAAACGGCCUGAGAAAAAUGAUGUUUGUUUAUGGGUAAAAAAGGGUGUACCUCAAGGUAUGGUCGCAAUUAAUGUCACACGUGAUGCCACGAGCUUUUAUCGUUCUCUUUCUGUAUUGUUCUAUGGUCACGAACGACGAUGGAAGUAUAUGAAAUUAGGCUCGAUUGUUUCUGCUUUUGUAAAUUUGGAAAGUAUUGUGACUAAGAUAAAAAAUGGAAAAAGCGAUGAUGGCGACGGACUUUGUAAGCAGUUAAAGAUAACGUGGUGUGACAACGCAAAAUUAAUUCGAGAUGACGUUAUAGAACAACUCUAUACCUCUGCCCUGAAUGUCAAAUAUCAUGCUGAAAUCUUUGAUGUAUAUUGCGCGACUAUAUUCACUAAGUACGCAAUAAAUUAUUUAGUACAUCCGUCUUGGAUAAAGCGAAAUGGCUUGUCGCCAGGCAUCCUAAAUUUUUGGUCCGAUCAGGAAAACGAGACUUUAAAUGUGUUUGGUACUGGCAUGCAUUAUAUUACAUCCAAACUCAACUAUGUUAUGCCACUUCUUCAAAGCAACAGUUUCAAUGAACGUAGAGAUUGUUGGGCUGAAAGACACUGUUUGUCUUCGUCAGCUACCUCCUCUGAAUUUAUUAUAUGUACCUUCUGUGAUCUUCAAUACCAUAAGAAUUGUGUUGUCCCACCUCUUCGGCGCGAAAAUUCAUGUGGUUGUCAUCGUUUAUCUAUUAUGAUGGAUAGAAACAGCCUGUCAUGGAUUACUAAAAUAGAAGUUUUCAUGCCGUUCUACGAUAAAUAUGAAAGUCAAAUAGAACAUAUUAUUGAUCCAAUGGAUACUUCGGUCUCAGUCGAAAUUGUUGAAAAGUUCGAUAAUAAUUUUCGUGAUAAGCUUUGUGAACGAUUAAGACUGAUAUCACCUGGAAUAUGCGAGACAGUGCUGAUUAAUUUCUUACUACCAGAGGUCAUCGUGUAUGUUGGAUCGAUGAAGGAAAAUUGUUCGAUGCUCUGUAUUCGAAGGUUGUUGUCACAAGAUGUAUCACUUUUUGAUUGAUUUAUAUAAAGUUUUAAAUAUAAAAAUUUGCUAGAAAAGAAUUGUUUAC